UGUCGGUGAAGAUUCACUCUGCUGCACUUUACUCUCGCAAACAGUCAGACAUAGCCAGCUACUUCAUCUUCAACAAGACCAUCAUUUGAAUGGGGUUUAUGUGAAACAUUUCUUUUUAUAAAGGUUUCUUGAUUUUCCUCCAAAAUGCCCGAGUUCAUAUCAGUGGAUGAGUUUAUUACGGAGACUUUGGAGGACUACAGCUCUCCGACCACCUCUUCCUUCUGCGCCAAAAUGACAAGUUGCAGAAAUACCGCCAACAAUAUCGAGGAGGCCUUGGACUCUGACCGUACAAUAUUGCAGAAAAUGAAGAAAGCAGCCAAAGCAAAGAAUAUAUCUGGACAAGACCACAUAUCACAUUUGGAGUCAUACAUCAAUUCCAUGGAGAAGUUGGCUGUGAAUUUCCGCAGUAAUGGAGAACCGGAAGUGGCCUCUGCCUUUAAUAAAUUUGCAGAAUUCUCCAAAGAACUGCUGACGCCAAUGAAGUACUUGUUGAAGAGCAUGUUGCACAACAUCAACUUUUUCCUGGACUCGCUGGUAAAAGGAGAUCUAAAAGAGGUCAAAGGUGACCUGAAAAAACCAUUUGAAAAGGCAUGGAGGGAUUAUGAAAAUAAAUUUACUAAAAUUGAGAAGGAGAAGAGGGAGUUGGCAAAGCAGUAUGGUAUGGUGCGCACGGAGGUGAGCGGAGGAGAGAUUGCAGAAGAUAUGGAGAAAGAGCGCAGGAUGUUUCAGCUACAGAUGUGUGAAUAUCUCAUCAAAGUUAACGAAAUCAAGAGUAAGAAAGGAGUAGACCUGCUCCAGAACCUCAUCAAACACUAUCACUCUCAGUGCAAUUUCUUUCAGGAGUGUCUAGCUGCAACGGAAAAGCUCAAGCAGUACAUUGAUGCCCUGAUGGGACAGCUCAGUGCUAUCAAACACAAGCAGGACGAGGAGAAGAGACAGCUCUGUUCUCUCCGAGACCAGCUCAAACCAGCUCUGCAGCCCGAACUGAAAGAGGAUUCUGUAAGCAGGCAGACAGUAUACAGCUUGCAUCAGCUUCAAGGCAACAAGCAAUAUGGGACUGAGAAAUCAGGCUACCUCUACAAGAGAAGCGAUGGAUUAAGGAAGAUGUGGCAGAAGAGGAAGUGUACUGUGCAAAACUGCUAUCUUACCAUCGCUCAUGGAACUCCCAAUAAAGCACCAGCUAAACUGAACCUUCUCACCUGCCAAGUCAAACCCAGUCUGGAAGACAAGAAAUGCUUCGACCUCAUUUCACAUAAUCGCACAUACCAUUUUCUGGCUGAUGAUGAAUCUGAUUGUGUGGCGUGGAUAUCAGUGCUGACCAACAGUAAGCAGGAGGCUCUGAAUGUGGCUCUGGAUGAGCGGAGGACAAGUGGAGAGAACAGUGUGGAGGAUCUCACAAGAGCCAUUACUGAGGAUAUCCGUCGCAUGCCUGGCAACAACAUUUGCUGUGACUGCGGAGCACCAGAUCCAUCUUGGAUCUCUGUAAACCUGGGAAUACUGACGUGUAUAGAGUGCUCAGGUAUCCAUCGGGAGAUGGGUGUACACUAUUCACGUAUUCAGUCACUUUCUCUGGACAAACUGGCCACUUCGGAGUUGCUGUUGGCAAAAAACGUGGGGAAUUCAGGUUUUAAUGAAAUUGUGGAGGCCAAUCUCCCCAGUCCCUCUGUGAAGCCGUCAGCAGAGAGUGACAUGACAAUACGUAAGGACUUCAUACUCUCAAAGUAUACAGAGUGGCAGUUUGCUCACCGUAGUAGCAGCUCGCCAGAAACAAAGCGCAAAUAUCUGCAGGAUGCUGUGCGCAGUCGGGACGUUUUCAGCCUGUUACAACUAUUCGCUGAGAGGGUGGACCUUAGCCUGCCUCUGCCCUGCCCCCUACAGGAAAAGGGGGAAACUGCACUACACCUAGCCGUCCUAUUGGCUGACAGGACAUCAUUGCAUGUGGCUGACUUCCUGUUCCACAACUGUAAUAAUGUGGACGCGCAGACUUCGAAAGGGAACACGGCUUUGCAUUACUGUUGUCUACACAAUAAGACUGAGUGCCUUAAACUUCUGCUCAGAGCCAAGGCCAACACACAUAUCAAGAAUGACAUUGGAGAGACGGGGCUAGACAUGGCUCGCAGAUUGAAACAUACGCUGUGCGAGGAGCUGAUCCACCAAUCUCAAAACAACCAGUUCAACAUGCAUGUGCACGUGGAAUAUGAGUGGAGACUACGGCAGGAUGACCUUUAUGAAAGUGAUGAUGAGCUGGAUGACAAGCUCGGUCCGGUGAAGAAGGAGCGUAUAGGACGGGCGUUUAGCUUGUAUCACAGUAACUCCAUCUCUCAGGGUGGAGGAGGUGGUGCUGGAGGGGGGCUGUUCAAUGUGGGUCGGAGGCUGGCAAUGGCCCGGGGGGAAAACCGUAGGGAGGUGUAUGCCAGUCCCAGCUCUCAGACACGGAGUCUGGACAGUCCACCUCCACCACCCCCUUCAUCGCCUGCACCACCACUUCCACCCAGAGUCAGAGCUCCAAAUGUCCCUCCUCCCCCUCCUAUGAGCUCACCUGAUGACUUGACAUCCCAUGAAGUGAGCAGCAUUAAGAAACGAAACCCUCCCCCCCCCCUUAUCAUCCGUCACAAGCGCACCUACUCUGAGCCUGCCCCUCAGGUACCUCCCAGCCCCCACUCUACACGGCAAGGACAAACAGAUUAUGGUGUGCCUGCAGGUCAAAGAAGCUUCGGUGGUCCAGACUCUCCUUUCCAGAAGUGUGUCUCAGGGUCUCCCAAAUUCGGCGUGUCCACUCUAAACUCUUUAUCUGAGCUGCCAGAACGAGGAGGAUUUCAAGCGGAUGGGGAGAGCAGCUCGUCUUACUUCCUGUACCAUACACCACAGCCUAUCAGCAGUGCUGGGCGGCACACUCCGGCCCGCUCCCCAACCUCCCCACGCUCGUUCAGCCUGGAGGCUAACGGAAGCUCCUCUUCAUCUUGCUAUGCUGUACCUCAUCCACUGCCCAGAAAAACUCUGAUGAAGUUGAAGCUGAGGCGUGUUAAAGCCAUGUAUGACUGUGUGGCUGAUCAUCACGAUGAGCUCACCUUUAAUGAAGGCGAAGUUCUGGUGGUACUUAGGGAGGAAGAUGCUGAUUGGUGGCAUGGCUACAUCGAGGGACAGCCAGACAAAACUGGCUUAUUUCCAGCAUCGUUUGUCUCUUUGCUCUCUGAUUGAUGCUGACCAAAGGAACUGAAAUCAUAACACGGUCGACUAUACUGCCAAAACAUCCUGGGAAAAUCGGGUUUGAAGUCUACCCACAGAACCAGCGGUAAUGAAUAAUCAGCAUAACAAAGCAGCAGCCACCGGCCCUUCAAGAGGGAGAUUUGCAAUGUGGAACAAGUUGUGCUGUGCACAAAACUUUUCAUAGUUUGUGGUUGUUCAGGCCCCUCAAUCAUGAGAAUCAUGCCUCAUGCCAUCCUCUGAGGAUAUUAAUUAGACAGCCCAGCCAAACUGAACCAUCCCAGAGUCCUAUUUAUCAUGAAAUGUUGAAAUAAAAGACAGCAUGAGAAGCAUGCCAUCUGUGUUUAGUUCAACUGAAAUGUGAAUGAUCAUUUGUGAUCCACAGAAUUGUAUUGAGAAUAUUUUUUUCCUUUAAAUUGCAAUGCUAAGUUUGUGUAGUUAUUCAAAUAAGAAAUGGAUACAGUAAGAACGUCAAUAAAGCACAACUCUCUGCAACAGGGUUAAUUAGUAAAUGUCAUUUAUUUAGAAAACAAAUUAAGAAUGAAUGAAUGAAUUUUGUUCAGGGGCGUAGAUUCUGGGGGGAUGGGGGAAAGGUAACCCAAUAAUCAAGACUAGCCAGUACAAUGAAAUUGAAAUAAAUCUUAAAAAAAAAUGUUUUUAAAGAUAUAAAUAGGCAUUUAAAAUAGGCAUUUUUUUAGUGCAUGUCUUGGUCAUAUUUUACUCCAAAAAUAAAAUAAAAAAAUCAGAAACCAUAUUUUGUUUAAAGAAAAUUAAGCCUAUUUUUGAAGAAAAAAAUUAUUUAAUCUCUUCUCAUUAUUCUCAUUACUAUUAAACAUAUUUUUUUACUCUAUCACUGAA